CUCCCUCCUUCCUCUGCCUCCAUCCCUCCUCUCUGCGCAAGAGCCAGCUCUGGAGGACAGAGGUGCUGUAUCAUGUCCAGGUAGGACACCACCAGUGUGAACGUCAUCCAAAGGUGAUCACCCCAAAGCACUGAGUUGUCCUGAUCUUGUGGCUCCUGUUUCACCCAGCAGCAAGGCAAAGCCGAAGAAGACCUUGAACUGUCUCCCUGUGUGCGGGGCAUCCAGACCACCUGCAGCACUCGAAAGGAUGGAGUCCAAAGGUAACGUCCGAAGUGGAAACAAACCCGAUGCCAAGGCCGCCAGCUCUGGAAAGCCAGAAAAGCCCAGCCCUGGGCCUGCCACGAAUGCAGACAAGGAGACCCCCAACGAGCAGCCUAAUCCUGUCGCUGCCAAGAAAGCAGGCAGCGAUGCUGCUGUUGCAAACAACCACAGCAACCUGAAACCCAGUGCAGCCGCCACGGAGACACAGGAGGCCACUGGCCAGUCCCCUGACUCUGACCACAAGGGAAAUGGCUCCGAGGAGUCACCGGGCAGCAUCUUCGAGAACAUGAAGUCUUGGAUCAUCGUUGGAGGAGUGGCGGUGGCGGCGCUGGCGGUGGUUGUGGGAGUGGUGUUCCUAGCCCGGAAAAAAUGAAGACCGAGAUGGGGUGGGCUGAGAAACCCAGCCUGGCUGUACAGCUCCUUUUGAGACAAAUGCAUGCAGAAAAAUUCUAUACAUAUCUAUAUAGAGAGAGCGAGCUAGAUAGGUCAAUGUCAAACACCAACCGCAACUCCAAGAGUCUUGUUCAAGACAACAGUGCCAGUUUGACCCGAUGUGGGUAACUCCAUGCACUCAGUGUGUUCUUUUCAUGUAAUAUAUCUUGGCUUAUACCACUGUGUAUAGAUUUCAGCUUCUCCUGAUGGGUGUAAAUGACGGUGUCCCCUCCCCUCCCCUGCUGUCCUCCCUGGGAGCCACCCCCACUUCUCUUGCGGUCCCCUGUUUUCAAGUCCAAAGUGUUCUUCGUCCCAUCCAGAGUCCCUGCUUUGUGUUUUGGUUUUUCUGUUCAGUUUGUUUUGAGGGAAGAGAUGGAGCCUAGCGAGAAGACCCAGUUCACCUGUCCCCGUGUGUGGGGCAAAGCGUGAUUUCUUUGUGUUAAUUUCUUGGGGCUUUGGAUAAGGCUGUUCAGCUGGUAUUUUCCCACUGGAGGCUAUGGCCUUUCUGUACAUGAGAAGGUAGGAAACACAAGCUGGUUUUAGGGGUGGACAGGAGCUGGGACCUCAUGAAAAAUAACCCUGACCUGCAUCAUGCCAGGGAAACCCUGAUCAAGGUCACUGGAAAGUUCCAUCUGUCCUUGAGUGAUUCCUCGCCUGUGACAGUAGCAGGGAUUUUUGACUCCUCCAACAGCUUGGAAAUGGAAACAAAUUCCCAGCACUGGGGAGCAGCCUGGUUUCACUGGUGAGUACCUCAGGUCUAAAGCCAGACCUUCUAGGAAGAAAAAGGAAGGCAGGCAAUGAGAGGAUUCAGUGCCUUGGCAGAUGCCCUUCCUCUGACACCAAGAAGUGGGUCACUUUAUCUUGCACUGUCUUUUUAACUUGGGUCAGAGCUCAGAUGAUAUCAGAGAUUAGAUGAGGUCAGAGCUACAGGCUCCCUUGGAGCUCAACAGAAGUUGCAGCCAAUGGGAUUUUUGAGUGAUGCUUAGAAAAAGAACAUGAGAUGUUGGGGUAAGUUCAGCAGAAAUCAGUUAAAGAGCCAAUGUGACUUGUCUUUGAAAAUUACUAGAUAGGACAGCAGAUGUGUAUAACCCAAUCUGGUAAUUCUCUUGGCUCACGUCCUCUUUAUUUACCUCUGAAUCUGUUUGGCUGAAUGCAUACAGCUUCCCAAGACAAAAAGCCUUUUCAACACAGCAUGGCCAUUCCUAUGGUCACCCUCUUUUCCCCAAGGCUCAUAAAAUAUUCCCAAAGGCACACAGCCUCUGGGAGUAUCAGAUGAUGUCUGAUGCAGCAUGAGUUUAAUGUCUACCUCUACCUUCACAAGUACAGUGGAGAAUUUGCUGGAGUUGAACAGAAGGGUCCUCCAUGGCUGGGUGCCUCCAUAACAUCACUUCUGUCUAAAGAGUGGAUUUCCCCUCAUCUUGCUUUGCAGUUCAGUCAUUCAUUUUAGGCUGGGGUGAAGUGAGGGUAAACAACAGCAGAGGACUAUGAGAGGAAUUGGGAAAGUAGAGAUGUAAGGCACAAAGUAGCUGAGAAGCAGUCCUAGCACAGAACCUUUGCAGAAAUCGCAGCAGGGCUUUGCAAGAGGAUGCAAUGGGGCUGCUGCUACACCUCCCUGCCUGCACCUCAUCCAAGAGCCUGGGGGUGAUGUAGAGCACCCAGCCUCUGGCAGUGCCCUUGGCAUGUCCUCAUGCACAAGCCAGAAACAAAAGGCAGCACAGCCCAUCCAGGAACCUCAUCAGUGUUACUGCCCACUGGGUACAGAGUAACAUAUCCAAACCUAUGGUGUUUGCACACAGGGAUGGAUAUUCCUGGGCUCUGCUUCCUUUUGAGCACAAAGCUUUUGGCUGUAGGGACUCUUCUUGUGCUGCUUAUGAGGGAGGGAAGUUGGCCACCCCUGUUCUGAUUCAUGUUUUACCAAAGCAGGGUUGGUGAUUUUCAGACCAAUUCCUCUAUUUUCAACUCCUGCCUUUAAGAGAUGUUUCCACCUGUCUUCUCCUGCUAUUGGAUAGUUUUAGCAGUGUGUGACACUACAGAUGCAGCAUUUAUCUACUCAGCAUUGAUCAGCAUAGAUAGAUGCAGGGGGAGGAAAAAAAAAUGCCUGCCUCAUUUGAAUAUCUUAUUAUUAUUUUACUUUUGAAGCGUUUUCAUUUUCUUUCCUUAAAGUUUGGCAAAGGAAGAGGGAAAAACAAUUCUCAGCCAACGUGGGCCUUAACCAUUUCUGUCCGUAUCUUGCCCUUAGGGCCUGUGGGUGCAGGGCCAGAAUCCCCAUCCAGAAACACCCCCCAGAGGCAGUGCUGGGAUGACAGCUCAUGCUCUGGGUACAUAACCACAUGCAGCCCUCCCCAGGCAGGGACUGUAAUUUGUCCUAUCCAUAAGGGAUCUUCUGCUUACUGCCGUAACUUAACACUGUCCAGAUCUAUCAUCUGGAGCCCACCUCUUGGGUUUGGUUUGAGGAACACCUCUGUUUAUGUGUGCAUGUGAGUGUGUCUGUACCACCACCCUGCCCUGAAGAAUAUUCUGUGUAUGUCUGUAUAUUUACCUAUCUAUAUUACCGCAGUCUGAGUAAAUUCACAUUCCUUGUAGGGAAAACCAAAACCAAAUCUGGAGGUGACACUUUGUUCCCCUGCAUUCUCACAAGGUGUUCAUGAUGUCUUUUUUGCGCCAUGAAUCACACCACGCAGCACCCACCUUUCUUUAUUUGGUCCUGGUUUCUGCUCAGUGCAAAGAAUGUAUGGCUAGUGAACUGCUGAAUGUAUCAUGUGCCCAUUAUGCUAAAAGCUCAAAACUGCUAUUCCUCUCCCUGGAUAGUCAUGUGGGCUACUCGCUUGAAAUUAAGGUACUUUUAGACUAUAUUGAACUGUAUGGACUGUGUAGCACUUGGCAAAGUGCGGGUCUAGCAUUGGCUUGAGUCAGGCAGAUGAAGCGUAGAUGCCACAUGAGCUCCCAGGCACGCUGCUGACACCACGCACUUGCAAGUGACCUCCUCUUAGCAAACACCUCCUGUUCUGCCUUAACGUGCCAGGCUGUGCGGUGGUUUCAUUCCGAGUCCAAAUGUCCAGUGAGAAGUAGGCUGAGAAGAGCAAAUUCUUCUCUCUCAGCAUCGAAGCGAGAUUGAACUCAAAGCUGUCGAGAAGCCGAAGGCUAAAAUGACUGAACUCGCUGUGCUAAAUAAAUAGUUGUCUUUUCUCAUACUGAGCACAUGCUGUUAUUUGCUUGCUGUUAUUCUUUGUGUGGUGUUUGUGACAUGAAGUGAUAUCUCCAUGGGGAGAAUGAGCUGAUUGUUAAAAUGAAUAAGAUUCUGCGCUUGGGUUUGGAAGAGAUCUAGAUUGCUAGUUUACUCUUUGGAUAAAGUCUAAAUCAGACAUUUGACUUCACAGACAUUGCAGCUUAUCACUGAAGCUAUAGAUUCAAUAACCAUACCUUGUUGUAUGCUCCCUUGGGCAGCUCUGUAGAAGGUUUUUGAUGCUUCUAGCUCUCAGAACAAUGGAAGAGAUGACAAGUCUGCUUCCACUGUCCUCUGGUUUAAUAGGCUGUGGUAAGUCCUGCUACUCCCAACAGCUUUGCAAACAAACCUAGGAGGAAAAGGAAACAUAGCAGCACUUUCAGAAUGGCAAGCAAUGGGCACUUCCCAGCCCCACCAGGUUUAGUGGGAAAGUCUUUAUCUGCACAACCAUGCCUAUAUGGACAGCAAUAUAUGUGAAUAACCAUCAGGAUAACUUUAAAAGCAAUCGAACAAAAAACUCACCGGUGAGAGAUGAUUCCUGCUUAAAAUUCCCUUCCUUUCUUGGAAGUGUCACAAGGGUUGAGAAAUCUGCCUUGUUCUAAAUACUCUUAGAACUGGUUUUUAAGGGCAAGGAGCACAGAAUGUUAGUAAGGUUAAUGACAGUCUUAGCUGUCAAAAACAACAUAUAGAGCACCUAAUCUAAGUCCAUCCUCCUGAAUGCAGCUGUCCACAGGAUAGCUGUCAUUGAGCUAGGCUAUGAUAGCUCGAAUUUAGCAGCCCAGAUGAUGAUGCAAGGUGCUGCUGAAGGGACUGAGUCAUUGGCUUGGAGCACACCCCAUGUACCAUUCAGUUUGACUUGCCUAGCUCUAUUCCAACGUCAUUUUUUAGUCUUUUAUUGCUUCUUGCAUGAGUUAGCUCAGAUCACAGGGCCUCGAUUGGCCCUGGAGAGUUAAAUCUGUUGAGUAAAUGGUUCUUAAUGAAACACUGCAUGACUGCAAGCUCUUCCUGGGAUUGGAGACCCAGGAGCUGCCUGCCAGUUGGAUGUGGGGGUAUUCAGGCUAUUAUUCAAGAGACGCUAACACAGUGUAUGCAAACAGGAUGCCUGGCUGAAGCUAGGAACACUUUAGUACUCAAUAUAUUGGAGCACUAGAAAUACAGGCAGAGAAUAGAGCUGGCUCUCAGCUGAAGUCAAGGACCUGCACUUUUAACCAACCCUGCAUUGUAUCCCUGGUUUUGCCUCAUCAGCUUCAAGCAGUCAAGCUUCUGGGACAAUCUGCUAAGAACAAGGGUGCCAUACAGUUCCUUUCAAGAACAACAAGUGAAUCAUUUGGCUUUAUCCAGUUUCGAGCAGCCCUCCUUAAGCCUGAUGCCUUCUUUCUGAGUCACUGGUUACGACCCUUUCAAUCCAAGCCUUUAAAAGGUGUCAUCUCAAUUCUCCAGUACAAACCAGCUCCCUUCUAGUGGUAGGUGCAGGUUGCUUAUAAACUCGUGGAGAAACUAAGAUUGUAGAAACUCGAAGGUCUGAUUACAGGGGGUUUCUUUUCUUCUUUUUUGGCUUUUAUUGUGUUACUUUGCCAGGGACUGACUCAAAGCCCCUGGAAGUCAGAUGGAAAUGCCUGCUGUGCCACCAGUGGGUUCUCCAUCAGCCCCUGUUAUCCAGUUGAUAAUAACUUCCAGAGUGACAUCUUGUUUUCUUCCCGGUACAAACAGGCCUGCUUGUCACUUACACAUAUUUUUACCUGUGUUCAACAUACAGGUUUGGGUUGGUUUGUAUUUUUUUGGUUAAUAUCAGAAACAAUAUGCUGCUAGAUUCAUUUCCUGGAGGGAAAUGGACACCUACCUACACACAAAGCUAAUUUAUACCUUGUUGAAUUUAUAACCUCGUCUAUGCUUCUAUGGACACUUUGUAUGGGCUGCAGCUCAAAUCCUAAAAUAGUCAAGAAUUUUUCCUUUCCCAUAUAGUAUUCUAUUUCCUUUGACUUACAAAAAACAAAGCGUAUAAAUGCAAUAAUGCAGGUAGACUAGAAAUACUAGAUUGAAAAUUAAAGUAGUUUAGCUUGUCCCGUUGUGACUGACAGUGUUGUAUGACACCCAACGCUGUACCCUAACAUUUUCCAGGCUUUCCACGUAGCUGAAUCUAGUAUUAGCUUUGAAAACCCAUUGUAUGAGUGGUGGGUGGAUGGGCUGGAAACGUGUGCUCUCUACACACUGUAUGUUACUCACAUUAGAAGCUGUAUGGCCACUCCAUAUGCUGUGAAACUGUAAAUGAUUCCCAAUACACCUGUAACUCUUACCAGGAUUGUGAAAAAAUAAACUAUAUCUAGAGAUA